AUGACCUUUGGGAUGAACAAUCAACUACAUCAUAGCCCAACUUCCGACCCCAACCCCACUCUGACUCGAGAUAAGAUUCCGAGUAUGUCAGGUAAGACCGACAGUCACAGACCACAAGGGAUCGUCGACGUCACUUCACCUUCAUCCACCCCUACUCCCAAUGCUCUAUCUCCAACUACGUCAAGUACUCAAAUAUCCAUCAUGAGCAACUCUCACAUCUACUCUUCCUCCAAACCCAAGCCCAAGAGAAGAUCAUGGUUCUCUUUGAGACGCACCAAACAACUUAUCGAUCAAUCCAAUAAGACUACCUCCAUACCUGAAGAGAAUCAUUUGGUUACCCCCCUUCCCCCUCCAUCAGCCUGGAACGGUCAACCAGAAGAGAGACUUCGACCUAUCCAAUUCCAACCUAAUCGAGUACAGACAUUAUACGUUACGAAAUCAGAGAGAGAUUUGUACCUCGCAGCGAUGUCUCAACUGGAUCAGGCUCCUCCACCAUUACCAUUAUGGUCAGAUCGUGCACCUGAACUUCCAAAGUUGAACACUCAACUCACCCCGCUCAAAGCUCCCAGUAUACCUGAUGGGUCAAUAGGACGAUCAGGAGGUCAUGGUCAUGCAAGAAGUAUCUCCGAAGGUGGAUCAACAGCUUUUCAUCCACUCACUUCAAGACCUCUUUCACCUAAAUUGGUCACAUCGCCUCAAAUGGGUAGAUCAGGGUUGAUGGUUAGAGAUGAGUUUAAACGUACGGCACCUCCACAACAGUCAAAACACGCUUUGAUGGCAUUCAUCCCACCCUCGGGAUUGCGAUUGACAGGUUUCCCACCUAGUGCGAUUGGCGCGGUGGAUCUGGUAUUGCAAGAGAAUUGGGAUCAGGGAAUAGCAGGUAGAAGUGAAAGUGCAGAAAGCUUAGGUCAAAGACACGAAGAUGAUAAGUUCACUUGGAAAGUUGAGUUGGAGGGGAAAUUAUGGAAAAGAAAGGGAGCACAGGAAUUAGACUCGAUCCGCCUCUUGAUAGCGUUGAUGUCGAUCCUGGGCAUUCAUGGGUGGACUUUGGUUGAGAAUGUACAAGCUGGAGGAACCAAGAAAGAUGCCCAUAACUUCCUUUUCUCAUACUCACCCCAGACCUCUAUGAACCCACCAUUAUUCUUCGCUCUUUCACUACCAUUACCGGACAGGCUAUCACUUAUCUCCCCACCACCGAAGGUCACACCCGCUAUCAUCUCAGCCUUACGAGAAGCUAUCAUUUCAAGUCCUGCUAACUCGUACAAACAUUUACGAGACGGUACAGCUGCGACUGGUGUGACUGUCACGUCCGACGCCAAUGGCUCACUGAAUGAAGGUAGAUCUAGAUCACCCAAAAUCAGUUGGAAAGGGUAUGAUCCGAGGGGUAUCAAGUUGGAAGGAUGGGUACAUGAUGGUGUGUACAGGUUCUGGAUUGAUGGAAUGAGAAGGUGGUUAGGCGGCACCGUCAAGAGAAAAAUCGUCGAAAAUCUUCAUCCCAACUUACUCAUCGCAAUCAUCAACAACAUUACCAACCUUCAUUUCGGAUUCGUCGCAUCUAUUCCUCUUCUUCCCAUUGCAAGGGGUCGGGAUGUCUUCAUCUUCUCAUCAUUACCCUCAUCAGGUCUCUCGGUGGUAGACUCAUAUGUUCCCAAAGCACCGUCUAUCGCAGGUACGGAAUCACCCGUUUUGGUAUCCCCGAUGGCAUCUGUACCAGCACAAGAUCCCCUAGAGGAUCCUAGAGAGGUAGAUCCGGGUAAUCGACAACUCCCCUGGACAACUGUAGUAAAUGAUCAAACUACACCUCCUUCCCCGGUAAAAAAUAAACCUCCAGCCUCUUCCAUAGGGAAUACGUCCAACGAUGCCGCCAGGAAGAGGACGGCCAGCAGAGAAUCAUCCAAACCGCUCUUAGCUGCACCUUCCGCCUCAGUCAACUCAACUCCCAAACAUAAAAAUGUGUUACUCAAGAAGAAUUCUCUACAAAGACGAAGAUCGACUUCAGCGAAUGGCAGCCAUUCGCGACCUCCUUCAGCAAUCGGGCAAGGUAAUGACAGAUAUUCGGUCGAUGGGGGACAUUCAGCUCAAGGUACUUAUCAGCCCCCGCAUGACGACAGCAGACAGUUCAAAGUAAUGAAUCCCGAUGAUGCUUCCGAACGAUGGAGUUUCAUCGACCUGCCUCCCAAUGUCGGUAGAUUGGGAGUAACAAUGUUCGAUACGACAGGUGGACAUACCCAUCAUUACCUUCCUCCUCAAACUGCAGGUAGAACAUCAGGCGAAGAUGGUUCCAGAGACACCCACAAUUCGUCGAUAUAUGCAGAUGCUCCCACCGGACCCGUACGAUUAAUUCCUAUUCAGAACGGUCAACCUACCCGACACGUGGAUAGGGGGAUCGUAGAAAGCACAUCGCUGGAAUCGGAAUUGGGUUUCGGCGAACAUGAUACUCAAUCUGAACUCAACCAUGCCAAUCCCAUUACAAAGCCUUUAGCAUUGGGUCAACCUAUAAAUAGGGAUUAUCGUGAGGAUGAUCAUGAGUUCAACGAUGGAAUGAUGAUUGGUAAGAUGCCUUUGAAAGAUAGUGACUCGCCUGAAAGAAGAGGUAGACAAAACAUAGUCGAUCUUGGAAGUGCCAUACAAAGUGUUCAUGGUAGUGUAGGGUAUCUGCAAAGUAUGAUUUCAGGUAUUUCAGGACAUAAUGGUAAGAGACAGUCCAUGGAUUUAGAUAAUGUACAACAACAACAACAAGAAGCUCAAGGAUCGAACGCUUCCAACGCUGUUCCUAAACCUGAAAUAGUAAUUAUAAACCCUUCGUCUCAUAACGGUAGUAGUGGAACUUCAUCUCAAGAUCAUAAUACACCUCCACCUUUACCUUCUCGACCUCAUCCUGAUCAUAUUCCCGAAUCUACUUUACCUGUUUCGACCCCUCCUACUAGGACUCAACCUACUGAAGAGGAAGUAGCUAGACAACGAAAUAAGUAUCUUGAAUGGGAGAGGAAAGGAAAAGUGAAAAAUGGAAUGAGAAGGAUAUGGGAUGAGGAUGACAAUUCUUGGAGGGAUAUCCCGAUCUCACAUGGUGAAGGGAUAGGAAGUGGGAGAACGAAAGUGACUUUGGGAUAA